AUGCCGAACGGCAUCGCGCCCUGGGAGACCGCGCCGGCUGGCCGCCGGAGCAGCGGCGCUGGGAACCGCCGGCCGGGCCCCCCGGCCGGGCCCCCCGGCGCGGGGACAACGCGCUCGCGGCUCCGCCAGACCCGGCCGCAAGCAAGACACCAGUGGAAGCUCAGCCGGCGGGCGCCUGCCGCCCGCGUGCGCUGUGGGGAGCCACCUGGAUCUGAUGCGGGAAACGGGAGGUUGAGAGGGGAAAGGAGCUCAGGGCAAGUUCACGCCGGAAAAAGCCGGACCAGAGUUAGAGGACACGUGCGGUGGCGCUCGGGCGCGCGGCUCCCGCCACCUGCUCCUGACCGGUGCGUCCGAGGAGAGACCAAGGAGCUCCUCUACCUGCCAGGCAUGGCACUAAACCCUGGGGCUGCAGGCAGGAAGAAAAUGUGCGGGGACAGCGGCAGGAACCUGGAGGCCUUGUUCAGCCAGGACACCCCCGAGGGCCCUGGCGACCCGACCGCCCAGGUGGGAGAAGUGUCGGCGCUCAAGGUCGCUCCCGGCGGGUCCGCGUCCCGCGCGCCCCCACGCCGCUGGGCCGCGCGGGUGCGGCGGCGAGCGGCCGGGAGGCACCUGGAGCCGAGCACCGCGGCGCUUCCGUCGGAAAACCGCCCUCCGAGGGGCGAGCGGAGGCGCCACGGCCACGCGCGGGGCCGGCGUGGGGAGGCACCACCCGCGCGCCCCGCCGGGCGCGUGUCUUCGCGGCGCUCUCCCCGCCGCCUCCUCUCCGGGCAGUCCGCGGGCGGCGGCGGGGGGAGGAAACGGGCGGAAGGCGCGCGGCACGACGCGGCGGCGGUGGCCCGGCUCCCGUCAGGCCCGCCCUCGCCCGGCCCUCCGCGCCGCGCGCCUCCCUCGCCCCGCCCCCCGGCGCCUGGCGGCCAAUCGCAGAGCCGCGCACGUGACGAGCGCUGCCUGCGAUGA